AUGGUCUGGGUAUCCGAAAAGGGCAUGUACAGCCCAGUGCGUCGACAAGAGGACCUGGUGUCCAUCCUUGAGACGCUGUGCAGGCGGGACGAUGAGGGGUCUGCGGCAUCGGGAGACGCCCUGCUGGCAGACUUCGUGGAGGCUCACGCGCGCCUGCUGAACCGCACGGACUUUCUGCUCUUCAUGAAAGACGUCUAUUCGCGGAUCGAGACCAUUUUGAGCAGCGGAGGGAGGAGCCAGACCCUCGGGGCGCUGACAGCUGUGAGGCAGCUCAUCGACGUGAACUUGCUGUCAGACGAUACACCCAAGACUCGGAAGCUGGCGGAAUUUCUUACCAGGCUUGUGGGCCAGGCUGCUGGUGUCAUGAGAGCUGGAAUGCCCAGCGUCGAUCGUGUCGUGAUACUGCACACCUGUGCCACACUUGGGUGGCUUGUCAAGUCGGGCAGCUCAGUUACAGGGAACAUAGCGGGCUCAGAGAUUGAGAAGGCGCUUGCAGAAAUGGAAAAUGGCAACCCCCAUGUGGCACUGCUGGUGCUGAAGGAAAUGGCAGACAAUGCCCCUGCUGUGUUCAACCUGCAUGUCAGGCAAUUCCUGACUGCAGUGCUUCCAGCCCUCUCCCAUCAAGACAAGGAGAUAAGACUGGCAGCAGUACAAGCGCUACGGGCCUGUCUUCGAGUUGUUGAGCAACGACCCAUCAGACAUUGGCAAGGCUUGUAUCGUGACUUGCUGAACAAGUUGCUGCCAAAGCUUGGUGAAACUAAGUCUGUUGCAGAGAUUCAUGGUUCUCUGCUGGCUUUGGGAGAAAUCAUUUUGAACUCUGGGACAAAUCUGUUGGCCUGGUUCAGAGACAUCGCAGAGCAGGUUUUGGCAAUAAAGCAGACCAAAGAUGCUCUUAUCCAGACUGCUGUUGUUCAAGUGAUACCCUCACUUGCCAAGCUCUGUCCACAACGGUUUGCAACUGACUAUCUGGAGUCUUGUGUAGAUUACCUCCUACAACUCCUUUACCAGCAAAAAUCUACUUCUGUCGUUCUGUCUAGCUGGAGUGAACUUCUCGCUGCGCUUUCCCAGCUUGAGGAUGCUGCCGAUGCAGUGCCGAUGUACCGUCUACCUGAAUUUGUACAAGCUGUUGAACAGAUCUGGAGUGCACAGGGGCAACUGGAGGCCAAGCAGGAUGCUGUCAAGUGCAUUGGAGACUUGGUGGUGGUGCUAAACCGGAGUUGGAAAGCCCAUGCCCUGGACCUGCUGCAUCCCAUGCUUCAGAUUGGGCUGUCGUCUGUGCUGCUGGAGGCAUUGAAGAAGGUGGUUGCUACUUAUGAAAGGGAUGUUAUGCCCAUCCUUCAAGGCCCUUUGCUGGAACUGACACAGAAUGCAGUGACAGACCAAGUUACAGAUGGGCGGACAGUGGAAGUUGCACUGCAGGCAUUAGCAUCUUUUCGCUUCUCUAUUGACCCUUCUCGUGUUGAGUUCAUUCAUGGACACAUCUAUCAACACCUGUACAACCUGAAGGAUGAGCGUGUCCGACGUGCAGCCGGCCUGCUGUGUCGGACAACCGUGAGCUCUGUUCUCAAAGUUCAGCCAGGUAUAUUUCCUCGUGACAGCGAUGCGAUGGGGAUGGUGGAGACGUUGAUGGACUACUGUGUGGGGGCCGCAGUAGCAGACACCAGUGUGCAUAAUCGAUGUGCCAUGUUUGAAGAGCUGCUGCAUGCGCAGGAGCUAUUCCCCCACUUAUCCCAGGACCGGCCACUUAUGAGGCUGGCAUACGGAAUGCACGAUGCCAGCUUCGAAGUGAAGGAACUUGCCAUCCAUCUUGUGGGUGAGCUGUCUAAAUUGAACCAUGCGACAGUGUUUCCAGUGCUCCGAAGAGUCUUGGGGACUGUGCUGGCUGACAUUGAGCUGAAAGGCACAGUUGCAACUGUGGGAGUCAUUGUGAGAGACAGUGCAAGAGUUCUUGGUUUCCUGGUCAAAUGGGUGCCAAGGAUUCUGGAGCUCAACAAGGAGCGGAUAUUGAACACCAUAUGCGACAGGCUUGGGGACCUGCAAAGAAAUCCUUCCCCAUGGAACUGCGUUAAAAAUCCAGAGAUGGAAGCAAGGGAGUACUUGUUGCGAUGCAUCUGCACCCUUGUGGAUGUUCACAGCCAGCAUCUUGGUGACUGCACUGCUUGGUUGGGGCCCCUUGUGGCUCGUGAAGUGAUGGACAGUACAACAAGGAGCAAGCAGAUCGUGGCUGUCAAUGCUCUAGGGAAGAUCGUCAAUAGUGUGGGCAAGACAGCAGAGCAGUAUUUGGAUAUUCCCCAGCUUCUGCACAAAUUGCUGCGGACGCUUGAUGAGUGUACUGAGAGCGAGAGGCAGGAUGUUCUUGGCACAAUGGGCAUCCUUGGGCAGUUGGAUCCCAGUACAUGGCGCCAGCUGGAGGCUGAGAUGAAGGAUGGAAAAGAUCCACAGAUGUUUGGAGGUGCAGCAGGCAUGGAUGAUGCGGAUGAUAUUCAGGGAGAGCUGGUCCCCACCUGUGACCUUGUUGUCGGCACUGAGGAGCACUACACAAGUAUGGCAAUCAAUGUGCUCAUGCACACACUCACUGACCCUGUGGGUGGUGGGGAUCAAGUCAUCAUUGUGACCAGCCUCAUGACAAUUUUUGAGCAUCUGGGGAGAGCUUCUGUUCCUUAUUUGGAGAAGGUGCUGCCUGUUCUUCACCAAGUGCUGAAGGAUGGUGACAAAGAACUUCGACUUGCAUUGUUCAGUCAUUUUGCUGAUCUGGUGGGCAAUGUGGGAACAGAUGUGCAACCUUUUGCUGAAGUAUUGCUGGCAUUGAGUCUAGAGUUUUGGGGGGAGUCAAAAGACCUCAUGAAGUGCAUAUUGAGCCUGCUCACCAAGCUUAUAGGCUUUGUGCAAGGACAACUUCAUGGCCACAUGAAGGUGCUGGUCCCUCGUUUGGGGCAGAUCUUCUCACAAGCACAGAUGCGAAAUGACUUCGACCUUGUAGAAUUGGGGUUCGACGUGCUGGAAGCCUGUGGGCCUGAUCUGCAGCAGCACUUCCCUCUUAUCGAGCCCAUCCUCACAAGGUUCAUUCAGAGACCACAUGCUGGUGCAGAGACUCCUGCGGGAAUCCGUGCAGCAUACCUCAGGCUCCUGUGCAAGUUGCUCCCCGAGCUGAACAUAUCCCUGAGAGUCAGUUAUUCAUACGUAUCCGAAAUCCUCCUGUCUCUGAUAAACCUACUGUACCACGAGCCGGAACUGAGGUCGGAGACGGUUGAUGCAUUGUGUGCCGCACUAGUAAUGUACGGACCACAAGGAGCAAAGACACACAUUGAAGAAGUUGACAGGGCUGUCCAGUACUGCCAGAUAGAGGACGAGGGAUUACACAACCUGAUUCGCAAGACACUCGCGUACUCUCCUGAAGAACUGGAGGCCAGCGCUGCAGGAGAUACAUUGAGUAGUAUGGGGGACUGGGCUGAGGAGGUCGAGAGGCUAAAGCAGGGAUCUACAAAUGGGACGUCUGGGCACAGGAGUGUAUUGUCACCCCGAAUCCGAGUGUCUAUUGAUGCACCAGCGGAUAAUGAGCACAAUGACAAGACGGAACUGGCCAGUGCGUGGGAAACGAUGGAAAGGAGCACCCGUCAAGACUGGGAGGAGUGGAUGCGAUCCGUGAGUGUAGAAAUGCUGAGGCAUUCGGAGUCCCCGUCGUUGAGAGCAUGCCACAGUCUGGCGCAGGUCAACCCGAACGUCGCAAGGAGGUUGUUCACUCCAAGUUUAUUGUCGUGCUGGCCUUCCCUUGGCGAGCAUUUGCAGGAACAGGUCUUGUCGUCUCUAAAGGCGGUCUUCGUGAACGGGAAUUCCAUUCCGGCACACGUGGUGUCGCCGAUAUUAAGGCUGAUUCAAUUUGUGGAAAGCUGUAAUAAUCAGUUGCCGGUCGGCAUGGAGUCCCUGUCAGCUGUUGUCGAAGAGUAUGGACACGUUGUUAAGAAUUUGAGGUACAAGGUAGACCAGCAAUGA